CGUGUAGCCGGACAUGGAGAUGGAUACUUUUAUUGCGUGGCCCUUGAUCAUCUUGACACAAGUCCGCACAGUACAGGUACACAGUAACGCGGGCAUGGGCACAGGCUGGGACAGGUCAGGGAUCAAGGUACAGAUGGAAUUCGUGCCAGCCCAGCCGUCAGCCCAGGUCUGCUUGCUCGUGGCCGCGUCCUGCUUCCGUGUCGCUGGCGUGUCGGUUUUGACUUUGGCGCCGUCCUUCUAG